GCACGCCAUUGGAUAUCCGGAAGCAACGCCAGUCUUGCAUGUUUCAACUCUGAGAAAGUUGCCCUAUUGGAUGACUCCGAGUGUGAGGCGGCCCUCGCGCAACUCCAGCAGAUUUCUGCCGGCCGCGAAAAAAAUCUUGUACUCAAAGGCAACCCCGGCCAAUUCCGACGCCAGUUUGCUGACCUCGUCAACGCGGAUCUGAAGGUUUGA